GCGCAAUCUCGGCUCACGGCAACCUCUACCUCUGGGGUUCAAGCCAUUCUCCUGCCUCAGCCUCCUGAGUAGCUGGGAUUGCACGCAUGCACCACCACGCCUGGCUAAUUUUGAGUUUUUAGGUUUCUCCACAUUGGUCGGGCUGGUCUCAAACUCCCGACCUCAGGUGAUCUGCCUGCCUCGGCCUCCCAAAGUGCUGGGAUUACAGGCGUGAGCCACCACGCCUGGCCUCAACUAUUUUUAAUAGCUAUCCGUCCUCCUUUCUGUGCCCUCUACCCUUAGCCUGGUGCCUGGCUUUGCUCAUUCCUUAGAAAAUGUUUAUCACUGUAAAAUAUAUACUUGAGUGCCAGACAUCAUGCUGACCCUGAGGAAGAUGCAGCCCUUGCUUUCAAGAAAUGCACCAUCCACCUGACUGACCCUGGAGGAAAAAGUCAUUUACUUUGCCUCGAGGGAGGGUGCGGGACAGAUUGAGGCAGAGUAGGAGGGUGAGGGCAGCUUUACGCAGAAAUGUCAGGCCCCAGAGGACACACAGGGGCUUCUGGAAGUGGAGAAAAUCGAUGACAGGGUCUUUGUUUUCAGGCUAGGGCUGCUGGGCCAUUUUCUUUUUUCUGGCCUUUGCCUAGAAAGUGGAGAGUCUAAGGAGGCUACAAAUAACAGUUUGGCGUUCUUAUUUCCUUCCCUCUAGUAGAAACUGGAAACCAGUGGCCAUCUGUUGUUUAGUCCACUUAAAAGAGGAUGUUGAGACUUGUUUUUUCUUCGGACCCAAGGGUGCUCGGGAGCCCUCCAGUCUCUGCCUUUCUCACACAAGGCGUCUCUGGGAAGGCAGUGGAUUGUUGGUCUGCGUGGAACUUCUCAGGUGGACACCAGAGCAUGGAACACAUCCACGACAGCGAUGGCAGUUCCAGCAGCAGCCACCAGAGCCUCAAGAGCACAGCCAAAUGGGCGGCAUCCCUGGAGAAUCUGCUGGAAGACCCAGAAGGCGUGAAAAGAUUUAGGGAAUUUUUAAAAAAGGAAUUCAGUGAAGAAAAUGUUUUGUUUUGGCUAGCAUGUGAAGAUUUUAAGAAAAUGCAAGAUAAGACGCAGAUGCAGGAAAAGGCAAAGGAGAUCUACAUGACCUUUCUGUCCAGCAAGGCCUCAUCACAGGUCAACGUGGAGGGGCAGUCUCGGCUCAACGAGAAGAUCCUGGAAGAACCGCACCCUCUGAUGUUCCAGAAACUCCAGGACCAGAUCUUUAAUCUCAUGAAGUACGACAGCUACAGCCGCUUCUUAAAGUCUGACUUGUUUUUAAAACACAAGCGAACCGAGGAAGAGGAAGAAGAUUCGCCUGAUGCUCAAACUGCAGCUAAAAGAGCUUCCAGAAUUUAUAACACAUGAGCCCCCAAAAAGCCGGGACUGGCAGCUUUAGGAAGCAAAGGAAUUUCCUCUCAGGACCGUGCCGGGUUUAUCAUUGCUUUGUUAUUUGUAAGGACUGAAAUGUACAAAACCCUUCGAUGGGAUGUGUGUUUUAUUAACUGCUUCACCGGUAAAUUUUGCAUGAUGGCUAAGCUAACAUAAAAAAAGAAUAAUAAUAACUUGGAAGUUUUAGUUCACAAAACAGAGAUUCCUUCAACACUGGACACGUCGAGCAUUUUGUAGCUUAAUUAAACCUCAUGUAAGGCCACAA